AUGCAGUUACAAGGAAUAUUGAUGGAUUAUAGUCCUGCGAAUUUGUGUUGCGUUUUGAAAGUCGACGCUCAUUGUGGCGCGUGCAAGGGCCACAUGAUUGAAAUACUAAGCUGCAUUGAAGGGGUGUACGAUGUGACAAUGGACGCCGAAAGUAAAACGGUAAAGAUCAUGGGGCAGGUGAAUCCAAAUUACUGCCUGAAAGCUUUAACAAGAUGCGGAAUUCACGCAGAACUCGUAUGGGCAAACCUGAGCCACCCGAAGAUGCAAAGGGAUUACAAUCGUAACUAUAAUUAUGGAACAGCCGAAGGCUAUGGCUAUAGAAGAUCAUUGCCCGAAGGCAUGUGGCAUGAGACACCCGAUGGCUACCCGAUGAUGAUGGGGAAUAACGUAUAUUCCACCAACACCUACUAUGACGAAUCUAGGCGCAAUCCUCUUAUUGACUAUUAUAAUCAAGACUCCAUGAAUUUUUGUACCAUACUGUGACUGACUUCUUGUUAUUCUUAUGCUUUAGUUGGUUUAGCAUUUUUUUUUAAGAAUGGGAUUUAACUUAGUUGUAGCAUUGACUUAUUGGUGCUGAUUUUAGGCCUAAUGUUUGAUGAUUAAGGUGGGGCUCUCGUAAAGAUUAUCAUCUUUUUGUACAUAUGGAUACACAUGGAUUCUAUAAAGUUCUUAGAAUUGUUGAUUAGGUCUUUAAUUGUAUGCGGUCUCAUUAUGGUAGAAUUGAAAGCUGACUCCUGAUUUUUCUUUUUCUUGUUCUUUUGGCUCCUUCAUAUUUCUUGUUUUUUGAAUUCGAUUGUCACA